CUUUUCAUUGCAGGAAAAAUCAUUGCAGAGAUGGCCUCCUCUUGAUUUACAGAGCUCGGUAGUCCCCGCACUAUGCUGCAGACCGAAGUUUUGGAUGCCUUAGCUUCGACCAGUGAAGGUUUGUUUCGCCCCAAUUCUCUCCUAUAGUUCUACCACUUUCUUCGAUUUCCCUUUCCACCGUCGACCAAACCAUUUACGAAACUUUUUUCGACCUCAAAUUGUUCAUUUGUUGCUGCAUCGAUUUCGUUUUCCCAAAGUUCUCAUUUUUCUCACGCUUUCAUCGUUUGUAUGAUUCCGACCAAUUUCUCAGUAAUACUAUUCAUUUUUGUUCCACCAUCUUUGAAGGAUAUGUUGGAUAAAAUGUUGCCAUAGAUGCUUGUCUGUCGUUCCCAUCGCUACAUUAGUCAUGAAUGGAGAAUCGGCCGCAGAACUCUCACACGGGGAAAGCUAAUACUUAUUCAUAGACAGCCAUUUGCCCUAUUUUGCUCUGUCACUGACAUCGGAUUAGGGGAUUCGAAGUCGGAUUCUGAGAAUGAGUGGGAAAAACUCCUCAAGCCCUUUGAUCUGGAAGAGCUUAGAAAAUCUUUUAACUGGGUUACUCCCCGUAGGCUGUGCAAACUGCUUGAGCUUUCCCUUGACAUUUCAACUUUACUGCAAGUUUUUGAUUGGGCUGGCUCGCAGAAGGGCUACUGUCACACAUUUGAUGUAUACUAUAUUCUAAUAAAAAAAUUAGCUGAAGCUGGAGAGUUUAAGAUGGUAGAAGAGCUGCUACAUAGAUCUAAACAAGAAGGGGUUGUUCUAAGGGAACAAUUAUUUAUUGUGAUCAUGAAAUGCUAUGGAAAAUCCAGUCUUCCUGGUGCCGCAGUUCGAGUGCUCGAUAUAAUGCCUGACAAGUAUGGAUGCGAGCCAACUUUCAGAUCUUAUAAUGUGGUUUUGGACAUUUUGGUUGGGGCUAAUUGUCAUAGGAUAGCUGCCAACUUGUUCCAUAGAAUGCUGCAUCAAGGCGUGUCUCCCACGACCUUUACUUUUUCAAUAGUGAUGAAAGCUCUUUGCUUGGCAAACGAUGCUAACUCGGCACGCUCCCUUCUCGAUAAAAUGGGAAGGCACGGGUGCGUGCCCGACUCAAUAAUUUAUCAAACUCUAAUACAUGCUUUUUACAAGGAGAACAGGGUUCAUGAUGCUUUAGAGCUUUUGGAGGCCAUGCUACUGAUGGGUUGUUCCCCGGAUACCAACACAUUUAAUGAUGUUAUUCAUGGGCUUUGCAAAAUAGGUCAUGUCGAUGAUGCGACCAUAUUGGUCGAAAGAAUGUUUCUUCGAGGAUGCUUUCCGAGUGCCCUCACCUAUGGUGUAUGGUUGCAAGGGCUGUGCAAGAAAGGAGAAGUUGACGAAGCAAGAGCAGUAUUAAGCAAAGUACCCAAUCCAAGUGCGGCUUUGUUUAAUACAGUGAUCAACGGGUAUGUCGCAAUAGGUAGGCUGUUAGAAGCCGAAAUUCUAUAUGAUAAUAUGACACGAAAUGGUUGUCAUCCAGAUGUUUACACGUACAAUAUAUUGAUUAGCGGUCUCUGCAAGGAGGGACGGUUAGGAUCGGCUAUUUGCUUGUUUAAAGAGAUGGAAACUAAAAGUUGGGCACCAAAUGUGAUAACUUAUACAAUUUUGAUCGAUAGAUUUUGUAAGGAUGGUCAGUUGGGAGAAGCAAAAAAGAUAUUGGAGGAAAUGUACUCGAAAGGCUUAAGCCUUAAUACUGUAGGAUUCAAUUGUCUCAUAUGUGCUUUAUGUAGGGAUCAAAAGAUUGAUGAGGCCAUGAAGCUUCUUGAAAAGAUGAAGGAAGAAGGUUGUAAGCCUGAUAUUCUUACAUUUAAUUCUCUAAUACAUGGUUUGUGCAAGAUUGAUCAGCUGAAGGAAGCCUUCAAUGUUUACGAAAACCUAUUGCUGGAGGGAGUUGUUGCUAAUAGUGUGACAUAUAAUAUAUUGAUUAAAGCAUUGUUGAAGAAGGGAGAGCUACAGGAAUCUUUGAAACUUGUCAAGGAUAUGGUGUUACAUGGUUGCUGGGUGGAUGCUAUCAACUUUAACAGGCUGAUAAAGGCACUUCGCAACAAUGAAGGCAUUGAAACAGGAUUAGAGCUGUUUGAGCAGAUGAGACAGCUAGGCAUUUGUCCGAGUACAAUUUCCUGUAAUCUUCUUAUUGAUGGACUCUGCAGGAAAAGAAGAAUGCAUGAAGCUCUAGAAUUAGUAGGAAAAAUGCUUCAGCUUGGUUUUAAACCAGAUAUAGUGACUUAUAAUAGUGUGAUAAAUGGUAUGUGUAGAAAGGGCGCAAUUCAUGCAGCUUUUAACCUUUUAGAGAAGCUACAUACAGAACAAAUUGUUCCUGACGUAGUUACAUAUAAUAUUCUUAUUAGUUGGCACUGCAAGAAAAAUUUAGUUGAGGAGGCAAACAAGCUACUAGAUAGAGCUGUGAAUGUUGGUAUUACACCCAAUGCCCGUACUUGGGAUGUUUUGUUACACAAUGUUCUUCGGGAAUCAAUCAAUCUGGCAUCAAUUCUGUAAUGACUAAAGCGCCAAAAUAGUCCCCUGACUGUUUAAUAUGGUCAUUUUAGUCCCAGAGUUCAUAAAAGUGUCAAAUUAGUCGCAGUCUCUUUAAACCAUGGCUGAAAUAGUUUUCUAUGAGGACUAGUUUGGCCCAUAUUAAAUGAGUAUGGGAACUAAAUUGGCACUUGUAUAGAUUUUGGGACUAAAAUAAUCCCUUGCAAAGAGUCAGAGGGCUAUUUUGACACUUCUAUCCUUCUUUAAUGGUAGCUAAAGCCUGUUCAUUAAGUAUUCUGUAGAAUUGUUCCCAAGUGCCUAUAAUUCUAGUUAUUUAUGAUUUUGGAUUAUUCGCAGUGGGUUACUGGGCUGUUAGGGUGAUUCUCUCACCAUCUACAGCUCAUGGGAUUCUUGAAGGAGAGCUGCAACUCCAUGCUGCAAUGCAGUAAGGAUUUGGUAUUCUUUGCAAGGAAAAAUUGGCCUCCAUUAUCUUGACAAUGGACGACACAUCCUAUACUUGCAUGGAUUGACAUCGUUCUUUGUGCUGAGAUUCCCAACAAAGUAUUUUUAUCUAGGUUGAUAUUGUGUUUCACUUCAAGAUCUCCGACAAACUAGUAUUUACCUCGGCUGACAUCAUUCUUCACAUUGAGAUCUCUUGUAAGCUGGUAUUUAUAGGGCAACAUGGCGCUCACAGUCAAGAUUCUCGGUGGAGUAAUAUUUAUGUUGGAAUCAGCACAAAAUUAUAUUCAUAUACAAACUUUUUAUGUACAUGUAUAGCUGGUUUGCAUUUUGAUUGUUGUUUUUUUUUUCUUAGUAAAAUGUGUAUGGAUAUGAAAUGUGCGGAGAAUAUAAGAAUAGAGAAUGCUCUUAAGAA